AUGGCUAACGCCACUUACCACAGCAUCACCGGCUCGGAAUACGUCCAGCAAGUUUCCGAAACGGUUGAGCAGUCCACCAGAUGGUUUGCUAAGAAGACUAGCGACACACCACGGUUGCCAUUCCACCGUUCAACGCCCUACGAACGUGUGACAAGCUCGCUUUUGCGCCGCAAACGCCUUGUUUCGGUGCUCACCAUCGGCCUCGCGUCGCUUUCCGGGUACUACUACUACCAGAAGUGCUACUUACCCCGUUUGUCGGAGGACAGCACAGAGAACAAACGACGGGCCAAGCGAAUGCCAAACGGGGCGCGGUAUGAGGUGGUUUUGAUUAUUGGCUCGCCGGUAGAACCGUUAACCCGCCUUAUCGCCUUGGACUUGGAGAAGCGGGGGUUCAUUGUGUACAUUACGCUCACCUCAGAACAUGAAGUCAAAUUUGUGGAGACCAAUCGCUACAAUGACUUUGAUUAUCUAGACAUGGUUGGAACCCCCCAGGACUUUGAGCUUGCGUUGAUGAAAUUCAAGCAGCGCAUGAACGAACGCGUGGUACCGUUUGCCGGUGCCCAGCCCCACAAGUUGCACCUCACCUCUGCGAUCUUCAUCCCUGACAUGGCGUAUCCCGUGGGGCCAGUGGAGAACAUUUCGAGCGGAACCUGGAACCGAGUGACGGCCAAGUUGAACUUGUACCUCAACUUCCUUGCCUUUGGUCUUGUGGAUAUUGUGCGUGCUAGCAGCGGAAAGAUUAUCUUGGUCAACCCCGUGAUUCUCCCAGCGUUGAAGUUGCCCUUCCACUCGCCGGAAACCAUCACGUUCAAUGCUGUCCAGGACUUGUUUACGUGUCUUCACCGCGAGUUGUCGUCAGGAAACGACAUCCAGGUCACCCAGAUCCGUUUAGGCAACAUGCUGAUCUCCAACCAGCCGAUAUCGUCAACUAAGAUCGACAAUUCGAUCCAGAGAGAGAUGUUGGCGUGGGACGACCAGACGAGGGAGAUUUAUGCGGAGAACUUUACCAAGGUAAAGCACACCAGCGGGCCUAUUCAAGGAGUCAGGGGUACGCCAUUGCGCGAGUUGUACCAUUUGGUGUAUGAUUUGAUUUAUGACCAGAAGAGAUAUGUCUUGGGCGGUGUGUGCUAUUGCGGUAGUGGGGCAAGGAUUUAUGAUAUUAUCGGAGGCUUGUUGCCUCAUUGGAUGAUUGAUUGGUGGUUGAGAUAA